CUUUAAUAUCAUACUCCGCUGUCGACUACAUUGAGCGCAACCAUAUAUAGACUGAGUAUAAAAGUACGUCGCGCGCUGCGGACCGCGGUGGGAAUAAAAACAAUCUUGCUGCUGAAAAAGUGUAGUGUUCAAAUCGGCUUGAAUACUUUAUUUUCAUUUUCGUAAAACAAUUUAAAAAGUGUCGUGUGUAAUAUAUGUUUUGCAGUUUUUUUUAAAGCCAGUAGUAUAUUUAUUCACCCAAUUUUAAUUGAAUUAUGCGUUACCGCAUAUAUUGACCGGAAUUAUAAUCAGUAUAGAAGUGCAUGAAUGCAGAAAAUUUGAACAGCAUUAUAUUGGUCCCUGUGAACGUAUAGCGGAACUAUGUCUGGGUGCCUGGUUCUCGGGUGUGUCUGGAUGCUACUGGUUUUAGUCCCGUGGGGCGAGGCUCAGCACAAUGUGAUCCGGUUUGCACAGACGGACAUACACGAGAUUCUCGACACGCACAACGAGCUCCGGAGGUCCAUAUAUAAUGCCGCUAAUAUGCGUGAACUGUCCUGGAAUGAGGGUGUGGCACUUGCGGCCUCCGAGUGGGGAACCAGGUGCGAGUACGUCAGUCGCCCUGACAACCAGUGGGGUCAGAACAUGGACUAUUUCCGUGGAAACGACUACCACAAGGCGCCCGUGGAGCUGUUCCGGAGAAGCUUCCGUGCGUGGACCAACGAGACGAUGCAUUACGACUACCGACGCUACCAGUACUGUGGUAGCAAGAACGUCUGUUCCUAUGUACAGUUGAUUGCAGCAGACGUUCAAGAAAUGGGCUGUGCCAUCAUCAAGUGUCCGAAACUGGAACUGCGUGCACCAGACGGUCUGCAGACAAACACCAAACUUCUUGUCUGCUUCUACACACCAUGGGUGAACAUUCUGGGGUCGGAGGUGUUCAUUCCUGAUACGAGGUGCUCAGCCUGCCCGUCCGGUACUUCCUGUGUGGAUAACCUGUGUUCAGCCAGGAGCGGUCACAGAGUUCGAACCCUCCCCAUACAGUCCGCGCCUGGGGUCCGCAUUGAGACAAUUUCAGGGCCCAGAAGUGCUGACGUUACGACAGAUAAACCACAACCAGUGACGUCAAAUAAUGGAAGGUCACGUGACCGUGAGGAACGACGCAAAGAGCGGAAGGAGCGGAAGGAGGAACGACACCGCGAGAGGGGAGGUCCGAAUCAGGAGCUUCGUGAGAGGGUACCAACGUACGCAUAUCCAGGAAACAACGAUACUGUGGUUGUGUACACCCCUAACAACCGAGUUAUACCAUUCCCAAGUCGCGACGACAGACGCAAUAUCCGGCGCAUCGAGAAGUUUGAACAGAAGAACGAGGCUGACCUGGACCGGAAGCAGGAAGAUAUCGUGCAUACGCUAGAACUCAUCGCUGCCAACGUCACAACGGUCAAUGAGUCUGACGUCACUGGAAUUAAAAGAAAAAAGCGUCAGGUCUCCACGUAUGAUCAGAGAUACAUAGACUGGUAUGAUAACGCCUUACGCCUACGUCGACGUGAGUAUGAACGUUAUUUACGCGAUUACGAGGACCUUAUGCGUCAACGCCAAGAACGCCGCUGGCACUAUGAACAAGAAUUACGUCGCCGCGAGCAAUACAAUAACCACGAGCAGGAGUUACGUCGACGUGAGCAAUACAAUAACCAGGUUGCCGAGUUACGCCGGGCCGACGGGACCGACCAGUAUGUCCAGGAAUUACGUCGACGUCAGCAUCGCCUUGAAGAGGAACGCAGACGCUAUGAGGCGUUAGCGUUAACUAGUAACGAAGGUGAACUGACUGGAGAGGAACAGUUCUUCACCAUAUCCGCCCACAAUAUCCUGAGGAGGGAAGCUGGCGUCAAAGACCUGGCUUGGAGUAGCCACCUGGAGCGCUGGGCAAAGUACGUGAUUCGCUGCGAGACCGAGUACCCGGGUCCCAUCACCUGCCACACGAACUUCGGAAAGGCUGAGCCGGGCGAGGAGGUCUACAACGUCGUGUACCGCUGGGGCGCCGAGGGCGAUGAUCUGCAGCGUCCCCUACAGUACGGCUGUCGAACCCCUUACGACAAAAGCCUCUGCAACCAUAACACUAUAGUUCGAGACCGGUCCCUUACCCAGCUUGCGUGCGCCUCCAAGAGAUGUGGCACCCAACGGCAGCUCACCUGCAUCUACAGUUCCGGUUAACCACCGGAACUGACGCUACACGCAGCAGUGCGAGGAACAUUCCUAAUACGUUACUUGAUUACCAGUAUAUAUGUCUAUGGAAAAUAGAAUGUCAUUAAGCUGUCCUACUUUAUAUACGAUAACAUUCUACUUACUUGCUUUUUUAAAUAAUUUAUUCCUCUCCGCAUGUAAUUUUAAUUAAUACUGGUACAUGUACUUAAAGUAGUUUUAUAAAUAUGAUACUAAACCAACUAUCAAACUAUAAACCUAAUGAAUAUUUUAAGUUCUUUUAGGAAAAAAAUGUUCCGUUUUACUUUCCUAUACUGUUUAAUUAAUAACAUUUACCUCUGCUUAUACUAGCAAAAAAUACUCAUUUUAGAAUGGGCAGACUUUGAUUUCCGCGAGAACCGUAAGAAAGAGAAAAACAAAUAGAAUUACUUGUUUUUGGUAGCAGUUUCCAAUUAAAAAUGAUGUCCCUGGUAAGGGUGCGGUGUUCUCUGAACCAAGCCAGUACAACCAUUUGUCUUUCAGUGGUAAAUGUUUAGAAAAUGUCACUGUGAACCUUUAACUGCUGACCCUUGAUCCGUGACCCGACAGUUGGGUUCAAUUUCGUAACAUUUCUAUAAUUACAUGUGACCUAUGACUCAUUAAUUUAGAGGUGUAUUGUUUCAGUUUAUUUACACGUUCGCAUUUUCUACUUUUGCAUCAGUAAAACAUGUUGUUUUUUUCCAAAAAACAUAACAUCAAAAUAUACAUAAAUUUAAAAAAGGGGCCUACCGAAUGUAUGUGAAAAACAAACAAAAAACUAAUAGGUUAAUAACUAUGUGAUUCAUUUUUAUACAAUACGCUGAUACUUUGAUAAGAGGAAACCAAAAUGAAACGGUUUUUUAAAUUGAAGCGUAAAUUUGGCAACAUCAGUUUUAACAUCCUCGGUAUCGAAAUGUUGAUUCAUUAUUUGUGCUACAGAUUUUAGAGUGUUACGGCAUAACACACGUCGGUUUCCAACUUUUCAUUUUGUAUCUGUCGGUAUUAACUACGUACUGUCCAGAGUCGUGUAAACAAGGCCAUUAGGUGGAAUUGCGUUAAUAAUUCACAAUCAGCUGCUUUUUGACACUUAAGUUACUCCGUUAUUACAGCUAGUAAGAACGUUUCGCGUCACAUGGGUCAUAUCAUUGCAUGGCGUCAUAUCUGCCUUGUGACACAAAAGCAGUUGUAAUGCUUGAAUUUAAACUUGCUUGUAUAUUACGAUUAUCAUUGUGUGAUGCAUAUUAAAUGUGUCAGUGAAAUUGUAUAUGUUGUACAUUUGUUAUAAUUAUAUGUAAUUAACGUUGUAAUCGCUUUUGCAUUUAUGUCUCCGUAUUGGGUAAAUUUUUGAGACACUAAAAAUUAUAAUUAAACAAAUUCACUACUGUUUUUUCAAUUAGCAAAUAUUAGUAUAGUUAACGCCAUUUUUGUACACAUCGAUAAGUUAUACUGGUACGUAUGUGCCUUAUUUGAUUUUUGGGUCUCUUUCUUGCAUACUCAAUCAACACAAAACUUAUUCUAUUAGAUUAUUGAUGAUAAAAAAAUGUUAUCAUAUUAACAUGGUUUCUGUAUAAUACUAUAUAUAACUGGUAUUUGCUUUAUAUUGCAUAUAAAUUAUCGUUGUAAUCACUUUCUGAAAAUGUUUUGUUUGUAAGAAACAACGGACAUUGUUUCAAAUACGGUGUGAUUUUUGGGGCAACAAUUGCACGAUGACUAAAAGUUGUUACAGAGCAAUUACCAUGACGCAUGUAACACAGUAUACAGCAUUUUAUUGAUGGUGUCAUGUUGUUAGUUAUUGUAAGUCAAGUAGCAGUAUUCUUGCUUGUGAAGACAAUAAUUUAAGGUCUUUUUUCACAGCAAAACAUUUUUUCAAAGUGUAUGGUACUGUAUGACACGAAUCAACUUAAAGUAUUCAGUGGCGUCAUUGUCCUCAAGAAAGUUUCAGACAAGAGCAAUGACGGGCAGCAGUAAAACUAAUCAGACUGUUUAAUAUUUAUGUUAUUGUAUUGAUAUAUCGGUUCGAUUGUUUUAUGUAUUCUAAAUGUGCUUUUUAUUCCCUGAUCUUGGAUGCUCAUAGCCAUGUUUUUGUACACGUAUUGCAUUUUCUAUACAACAUAUUCUAGAGGUUUCCACUGAACGUGAAAUAACUACGCCAUAGUGUUGAUCAUGUAUUGUUUAUAAUAUCAUAUAUGGUAUAUAUUCUGGAUUUAACAUGAACAUUUCCAUUUAAAAGUUUCGACAAGAAGAAGCAAGUUUAAACGAAGCAAAUGUCCAGGGCUCGUCUGCCUGUUUUGUCUGUUGGGCACACACUUGACACGAUUUUCUCGCGUGAUUCGUUAAAACAUAGCUAUACGCAUCCAUUAACAUUUUUUAUACUACAUGUAGUUCUGGCUCUGUGUAUAUUGUAAUUGUUCGUUUCAAAUAUAUACAUGUAUAUGUUUUUGUGAAAUAUUACGAUACUGUAUUUUUGUAGUUUAUUGUCAGUGUAUUAUAAAUAAACAAAGACUAUUUGACAGUUUACCGUGUAAUUUAUUAUAAUAAACUGUACAUAACAA